AUGCCAGACUCCUAUCCAUGGCUUCCCUAUCAUCUGGACAAUCUUCGUCACUGGCUCAAGUCGACCGAACCAACCUGGGGUUUCACCAUAUAUCGGACAACCUAUAGCCCGCAAUCCGACGCCGCUUUCCCCGCGAUCGUCGACCUGAUCACGGCGUACGUCAAGGCCGGAUUUUACAAAGAACACCAAUCUCUGCUCAAAGGUCCCAGGGCAAAUGAGGUUGACGGAGCUAUAUUUGAUGAAAUGUGGUCCAAGUACGAACCACAUGUCUUUCAAGAUGCCACCCAGUUCAAGGCUGCAUCGAUUGAUCAGGUCCGGUCUCACUACGAAGCCUGGGUGAAUGAGCGGGGCAUGGCUGACUUGUUUCCUGAUUACCGAAUGUUUAUCCUGAUUGAUGAGGAGAGUUUUCAGUCCUUGCAAGGCACUCCAAUUCCCGAAGAAUGUCCGCUAGACAUGCAGCACCGGGUGGGACACUAUGUGAAGCUUGUCGAGGCGUGGCAAGAGCCAGAGCCCCCCUUUCCGGGCUGGAUGAAGUGUUCUUUGCAGGGGCUUUGGGAUAUUUGGCGGAAUAUGCAGGAUGGUGAUUACAUGCGGAAGAGCUAUGCGCUCGUUUCUGAAUACCGUGACGUUUACUGA